AUCAAAUACAGCAGCAGCUAGGCCUGAGAGCCCGCACAGCGUGACCUGAAAAUGCAGGCAGAGCCUUUGGCCACCACCCUGGCGUCAGUGAGGCGCACCAUCACACGAAGAUGGCAAGAUGACAACGGCAGGGCGGUGCAGCGGGUGCAGGAUGCGGCCCUGCGCGGCGCAGCGGCAGGCCUGUCGCUGCGCGGCGGCCUGCACCUGGUCAGCUACGUGCUGCACCUCCUGCUGCGGGGCAAGCGGGGGCAGCGUGCGGCGGCAGCAGGCCGCCCCAAUGCGCUGGCGAUGCUGCGAGACACGGCGCGCUGGGGCGCCUUUCUGGGCUCCUUCUCGGGCCUGUUUUGCUUCUGGGAUGAGCUGAUCGCGCUCCUGGGCGGCAGGCGGCGGACGCGCGGGUGGCGGGCCAUGGUGUCAGGCACACUGGCCGGGCCGGCGAUGCUGCUGACGGGACCCCAGCAGGCGCAGACCUCGCUGGCGCUGUACGUCCUCAUCCGCGGCCUCACCCUGCUCGUCCGCUGCGGUAACCUGCCAGAGGCGCACCCGGUCAAGCGCAUGCUGCUGAAGCCCACGCGCUGGCGGCACGGCGACGUGGCGCUCAUGUGCCUGUCCACAGCCCAGAUUGGCUACAGCUGGAUCGCGCUGCCGCGGACGCUGCCGCCGUCUUUUGUGCGGUUCCUCGACAAGCACGGAGGCAAGCCGCCCCACGUGUAUUCAGCUGUGCGUGAGAUGACACGCCGCGCUGCCGCCGGCGCCGCCGCCAGCGCCCCGUUGCUGUCGCUGGCCGGCACCCCCGAGCAGCACUUGGGCGGCCCUGUGCCCUGCGGCUUCCUGCACCCUGGCAAGGGGUGCACACACCACGCAGUCACCUUUUUUCCGGAAGCCUAUGCAAGGGCCCUGCCAGUGUACUUUCCAGUGUACGUCAUCCCGGCCAUUCUGGUGCACCGCAAGCGGCUGCUGCAGCCCGACAAGGCGCCAGAGCUCUGGCGCAAGAUGGCGCUGGGCGUGCUGCGCUCCAGCCUGUUUCUCAGCCUCUACUGCACCCUGGCCUGGCGGGGCGCCUGCACCGGGUUCAACGUGGCGGGGCGCACCUCCGGCGCCGUGAUUGCCAGCAGCUGCUGGGUGGCGGGGAUGGCUGUGCUGGUAGAGAAGCGGUCGCGGCGCAUGGAGCUGGCACUGUACUGCUUGUCCCGGGCAGCCGAGUCGUUUGCGCUGACGCUGGUGGCGUGGGGCUGGGUGCGCCCCAGCGCCGUGCCCCGCCGCCUCGAUGUCCUCAUGUUCUCGCUAGCAUGCGGCGCCAUCCUGCACUGCUACUCAGACCACGGCGGGCAGCGGCGCAGCGUCUUCCGCGGCCCGUACCUAAACGUGUUUGAUUUCAUUCUUGGCAACACGGGGUUCAAGGAAGGCAUCAGCCACCAGCCCAGCAACGUGCAGCUGCUGGCGCACAGCCUGGACCGAGCCGCGCGCACCAUGCAGCGCAGCUCGCAGAGCCUGUCCAACCUGGCGGGGCUGCUGGCAGGGGGCAACGGCGAAGGCGCCGGAAGCGGCAGGCGCAGCGCGAGCGGCAGCUAUGCAGGCCUGGAGGAAGCCGGGGCUCCCCCUCCCGACACCAGCAGGGAGUGGCAGCCGCUGGAGGAUGGCAGCGCAGCAGCAGCGGCCCUCGGCGAGGCCAGCAGCGGCGGCAAGGAGUCGGGCGGCGGCGGCGGCCCGCUGGCGGCGAUCAAGUCGGUGCUGAUGGCGUAUGACCGCGCUGUCAAGGCCAAUCCGGUGCUGACCAAGGCGCUCACAUCGUUCACGGGGUUUGCGGUGGGUGACCGCAUCGCGCAGAGCGUCAGCGGCGACCUGUACGACCCAUACAGGUGCCUGCGCCUGUCGCUGUACGGCCUGCUGAUUGACGGGCCCGUCGGCCACGCCUGGUACAAGCUGCUCGACCGCUUUGUGUACCCCGAGGACCCCACCUGCAACAAGAGCGUGCUCAUCAAGACCGCCCUGGACCAGCUGGUCUGGGGGCCCGGCAUGACCCUCGUCUUCUUUGGCAAGUGUGGCCGGCGCGCUUGGGGGCAGUUUGGGGGCAGCGAGGGGGGCGCGCCCUUCCUCAAGACGCUGGAGGGGCACCCCGACCUCAUCCUGGCCACCAUCCAGCAGCGUUUCUGGCCCACCAUGAUUGCCAACUACGCCCUCUGGCCGCUGGCGCAUUUAGUGAACUUCCGCUUCGUUCCAGGAGAUUACCGCAUUCUGUUCAACAACGUAGUUGCAAUAUUUUGGACGACGUACCUGUCCUUCACCUGCGGCCCAGCCUCCCCCGUGGGCGGCUCGGGAGGGGUUGAGGCGGCAGCCGCGGCGGCCAGCGCUUUGCUGAGCACCCUGCCCUGCCACAAGGUGGAGGGAGCGAUGGCGAUGCCAGGCGUUGCCGAGGCGGUGCGCCACGUGGCGGCGAUGGAGAGGAUGCUGGGACACUGGGGCACGCAGAGCCUGCCAAGCGCUGAUCUCUUCGUUCAGUAUUUGGAGAUGAAGACGGAGGUGAUGCGGAGCGUGUGCCAACAGCCCAUCCGCUUGCCCCCAGCCUGAGGCCGGCCGCCAGCAACCAGCACUCAUGGAGAUAACUCUCACUCUCGGAACGCUACUAUCUCGAUCCAAACAAACCCUGCUCUUGUGCAAUUUUAAUGAACGGUGCAAUUUUCUACUGUGCCAACACAAUACAGUACCCAUUGCUGUUGCUGCUGCUAAACGACUCUAGCUGGGGGCUGCGCAUUCAUCGGUGCCCCCGGCCCCCUGUGGACUACCCACUCUGCCACUCUGCCGCCACGCCUUCUUCCUUCUCAGUUUCGUUUCCGUGGCUGUAAAUUAUGUCUCUGUUUCUGUCUGGGCGCUUCUUGUCCCGGCCGCUUUCAUGUGUUUCAUGCACUGUCCAGCAACCCUGUAAUUCAACCACUGCU